AUGGGUCACCCAGCGGGUCUUCGCGCGGGAACGCGCUAUGCGUUCAGCAGAAACUUCCGUGAGAAGGGUAUGAUCAAGCUCUCCACGUACCUUCGCCAGUACAGAGUCGGAGAUAUCGUCGACAUCAAGACCAACGGUGCCGUCCAGAAGGGUAUGCCUCACAAGGUCUACCACGGCAAGACCGGUGUCAUCUACAACGUCACCAAGUCCGCCGUCGGUAUCAUCAUCUACAAGAAGGUGAAGCACCGCUACAUCGAGAAGCGCAUCAACAUCCGCGUCGAGCACAUCUCCCCCUCCCGUUCGAGAGACGACUUCAUCCGCCGUGUCAAGGAGAACGCCGCCCUGAAGAAGAGGGCCCAGGCCGAGGGCAAGGCCCUCACCCUUAAGCGCCUCCCCCUCAUGCCCCGUGAGGCCCGCACCGUCGACUUCAAGGAGAACAAGCCCCAGACGGUCACCCCUCUCCCCUACGAGACGACGAUUUAG